CUGAACCCCACCCCACCCCCAGCCACACUGUUGACUGAAAUUGAAACUUGAAAAAGCCGGUGCUUGGUUAUGUUAGGCUAUACACUCUGGAAUCUCUAGUGCUGCCGACUCUUUCGGUGUAAUUGCAGAUUCUGUUUGAAAUACAAAUUGUUCUUAAAGAUGUUGAAAAACAGAGUCUCCGUGUAACUGAGUGAAAAUGAAAAUAUAGACGGGUCUUUGUAAAGAAACAUACCUUCUCCCUCCAUAUUGUAUUUAGUAACCUUAUUCUUAUGAGAGUGACGAUUUGAUUGGUCAUUUCCCUACGUUGAUUUCUGUUCCUGUUUUUGCUUGGAUAAAGCACACAUGACCUUCACCUCUGAAUUUUUUUUGUCUUUUCGGAGGUGAGAUCUUGAGACAAUUUUUGUUGGUAAACAUAGCGUCCACGGGACGGAAGAGGAAGCGCUCGGCGCUUGAAGUAGGGAUUGACAUAGAGGAGUCGAUCAUGCCAUCCCACAACAAAAAAUCACAACGCCGAUCUGCCAGCGGAGACGGUGCUGCCGCGCCAGCUUUUGACAGCGGAGGCAGCAUGGUCAAAAACCAAGACAGAAAGAAUGAGAAGGGAAUCGAUAGCCCGGAAAACGUAAAACUGCUUCAGUGGAAACAGACAGAUAAAGAUGUCCGUCUUGCACUGGAUGUGGGAAAUAUAACUGAGAAAGAUGUAGAUGUCGGUUAUACGCAGUCUGGUGUGCUAGUCAAGUUUGAAGAUGGACGUUCCUGGAAAUGUUCAUUCCCACAUCCAAUUCUUCACAAUCAGAGCAGAGUCGUUCUGGCUGGUGGAAAAAUUCUUUUGAACUUGAAAAAGAAAGAUGAAGUAACUUGGAAUGAUCUUGGGACAUUCUCCAGUGAAAGAACUGGCGUAAAAAAGGAUGAAGCAACAACUUCAGUUUCUGAUAUAAAAAACAACGAGUCCCAAAUAGGAAACGAAGAAGAGAGUGCAGCCAAGGAAUCAGUGGACAUGGUUGUUGGAAGUGAGAAGGAGAAAAGUGAAAAUGACGGCGGUGACGAAGCUCCUUGUGUUUUGGAUCAUGUGAAACAUGACUGGUUUGAAAAAGGUACAGACAUCAUGGUUGUCCAUAUGUAUGUCAAACAGAUCAUUAAAGAGCACCUGGACAUCCAGUAUCAGAGUGACACAGUGAAGAUACACUUCAAAUCAAGAGAUACAAAGUUUCUCAGCUUACACCAGGGCACUGGAGAAGAGACUUGGUUUUGCUGGAACUUGAAGUUGAGGCAUGCUAUUCAGCCAGAUCAGUGUAAAUCAAGGGUGACGGGAACUAUGGUUGAACUGUCCUUGAAGAAGAAAGAUGCUGUGAGGUGGAAGGCUCUGGAAGCACCUGUUGAUACAGCACCAGUAACCCCAGCACCCCAGAAGGUGGACAACGGUGUCCAGCAGGAAAUGACCAGUGGCCCAAAGCCUGUCACAUUUGAUGAGGUGGACCGUGUUACCACAAAGGGCACCAGCACAGAGGGUAGCGCUAUCCAAGAUAGCACCAAGCCAGCAGUAGAGUCCACCAGUACAGCCGCACAGAAGCCAACCUGUUUGGUUUCCCCACUGAACAAACCCAGUAUUACCAAGUUAGUGGAACCAGGAUUUACUGGUCUGGACAACCUCGGCAACACAUGCUUCAUGAACAGUGUGCUUCAGGUCUUGGCAAAUACCAUAGAGUUCAGAGAUUUUUUUCUUGAUGGUCACUAUCUGAAGGACAUUAAUGAGUCCAAUCCCCUGGGCAGUGGUGGGCGGCUGGCCGCCACCUUUGUUUUCCUGCUUAAAGUGCUCUGGUCAGGGACACGGUCAUCAUAUGCUCCCUCUAAACUGAAGAAUCUGAUAGCCAUGAAAGCCAGUCAGUUCACGGGGUUUGCCCAGCAUGAUGCGCAAGAAUUCAUGGCGUUUCUUUUAGAUGGACUACAUGAGGACUUGAAUCGUGUCCGAGACAAGCCUUACACUGAGACAGUUGAAGACAAAGGGAGGCCAGAUGAGGUUGUGGCUGCCGAGGCAUGGGAGGUGUAUCAAAAGAGGAAUAACUCCUUCAUAGUGGACUCUUUUCAAGGGCAGUUCAAGUCCAAAUUAGUCUGUCCUCAUUGUAACAAGGUUUCCAUCACGUUUGACCCCUUCAUGGUAUUAUCAGCACCACUACCUAAGAAGUUAGUCUCUUUUCCUGUCAUAUAUAUGUCAAAAGACUCAUACACAAAGCCAAUCAGGUACAUGAUCAGAUUACCCUGUGAUGCUGGUAUAGGACAGCUGAAGCAGGCCAUUGCAGAUAAAACAGGGGUAGAUCCUAAAAAUCUAAGACUACUGGAGACAUACAAAAGUAAAAUACACAAACUUAUAGACUGUGAUGGAGAUGUAAGCACCAUCAAUGUCAACGAUAUCAUUCUAGCGUUUGAAGUUUUGUCAGAAGAUUUGGUUGGAGAGCCUGUUGUAGAAAUUAAUAUGAUACAGCGCACGGUAUUGCCUGUUCAACUCCCAACACGUUGCUCCAACUGCAGACAAGAGUGCCCUCCAGACGGCAAACUGAAACGCUGCACAAAAUGCUACAGGGUGGGAUACUGUGAUCAAACAUGCCAGAAGAACCACUGGCAGCAGCACAAGAUGGCGUGCAGACAGGUGAUGGAGCCAGUGGGAUAUCCUUUCAUUUUCAGCUUACCCCAGUCGCAGGCCACCUUCAGUAGGAUUUGUCAGGUGGCAGAAGCCUUUGCAAGGUACUCGGUGGAUGUUUUUCAGCCUCCUGUGCAACAAAGAAGUUGUGAGACUUCAUCAUUAUCAUCAUCUUCAUCAUCGACCUGUACUGCUACUUCGGCUACCUCCUCCUCAUCCCCAACGACUUCUACAUCUACCGAUUCAACACUUGUUGAGGCAGACGGCAUCUCAUUGAAUCAAGAAAAUUUGACAGAUCUCAGCUCUCAAAACUCAGACACGGAUGUAUCAGACAAUGGUGGUUCAUCUGUACAAAGAAAUUUAGACAUCCAGGACGAUAAUGUUUCAGGAAAGGAAAUGGACCUAUCAGAAACAAAUAAUGUAGUUUCUGCGGAAUCAAAUGAAAAUUUGAACAGCCAAUCAGAAAGCUCAGAAACUACUACCGCUCUCUCUGACACAGUGCACAAUGAAGAACAAAAAUCUUCAGAAGAAAAUUCUGACAAAGAAUUUGAGACAAUAGAUGGGAUAACAGGCAGUGAUAAGCAAGAGCUCGGAAGUGGGGACAGCAAAUAUGGGGUCUGUUCUGAGACUACAGAAAAUGAUGUAGCCUCCACUAGUAAAACUGUCAAAGAUGGCCUUGGGUCUAGCACGAAGAAUGGACCUCCACAGCGUCUGGUGUUAGGCAACCCUCACUCACACAAGACAAACCCACUGUUUUUACUGAAACUGGUCAAUCAGUUUGGACAAAAUAUAUCAGGCCAGGAUCCAAGAGAAUUAGAGGACAAAGAUGAGGACCCCUUGGAUCUGGACACUGAGGACCCCGUAUGGAUGGCCAUGGACUGGAAGAAUGCAGAGAAGUUGAUGCCAUUUGUCUUGGUGCAGUCCAAGGACCUUGAGUGUGAAGAUCAUCGUAGUGUUCGCAACGCAGACAGCUUGGAAAAGCCAAGCAUUACUUUGAAUCAGUGUCUUCAGCUGUUCACAGAACCAGAGGUCUUGAGCCCUGAAGAAGCUUGGUAAGUUCACUGACUUUCUGAAUUUUUCACUUCUGUAGAACUAAACUGCAAGUACAUUUGUUUACAACUGGCAUGUUUAUUGGACUGUCGGUUCCACAGCAAAAAAAAAAA